AUGACGACACCAGCAAUACAAUCAUUCGUCAAUCGGCGAAAAAGAAAAGCUAAUUUGGAUUUUAUAAGUUUUGAUGAUAGUGAGGACGAAACAGAUGGAAAUAAUUUUCAAAAUACAUCAACGAACACAAAUCAAAACGGAAUAAAUCGUUCGGACCAUCAUCAUGACGAAACCACAACAUUAUCAAACAAUUCGGAAGGAGCCUCUCCCACAAGCACCAAUAACGACCAACCAAGAGAAGAAAAUUCUUCCAUUGCACCAACAGGAGUUGCACAAGUCACCAAAACUCGAGAUAAUAUUCUCUCCUUAUUUUCAAGUGCACAAUCUCAAUGGUCUCAUCACUACAAUAUUGAAAUGGCUCCUGGACAAAAGUCCGAUGCAAAACCCAUCCUAACAAGUUCCGUGAAGGAAAGAAUUGCUGCUUUGAAAAAUAGAAAAAAGAAUGUAAGCGAAAGCCUUGCAAGUUCUUCAAUUGCUUCUGUGGUUGGAGGAGUUUCUUCAAGCAGUACUGUUUCUUCUAGCAGCAAUGAUGUGGCUGCAUUGCCUAAAAGAGAACCUGGUGCUGUUUCACCUAGCACAUCAAUAGUAGCAGAGCAAAGCCCAACGGAGGUAGUAGAUAACGAUGAUGAUGAUGUUUCAAAUAAUAUUACAGAAAAUAAUGAGGAGGAAAGUGCUGAAGGUUUUAUUAAAAUUGAUGAUACAAUUACCAAUCAUCAAUUUAAUUAUGAAGCACAUAAUGCCUACGCAAAAUAUCAAACCUCAAUUCCUUGGCAAACGCAAAGUUAUGCCUCUUAUUCUCCUCCAUUACGAUUACAUUUUGAAUUAAUUGAUUUCUACAACUUUGUAAAACAGACAAAAGAAGAGGAACUCGUGAGAGAGCGUGUUAUCGAAAAGGUCACUAAGCUAUGUAAGGGUAUUGAUCCCAGUUGCAAAAUUCAGCUUUUUGGUAGCUAUCCUGCAGGAUUAAUGUUACCAGGAAGUGACCUUGAUUUACAUGUUAUUUCAAAAUCCCACUCACAAAAAUCAUUUCUUGAAAAACUAAAUAGGGAUUUGAACAGGUCUAAUGAAUUUGUAGAAAUUAAUUUUAUAAGAAAUGCAAACGUGCCAAUUGUCAAGUUUAAAGAGGCACUGUCUCUUCAGGAAGUGGAUGUAUCUUGCAAUAAUGCAGACACAGAUUCAAGCGUAGAGUUUAUUAGAAGAAGCAGUGAAAAGUAUCCUGCAUUUAAAUAUUUAUGCUACUUUCUAAAAUACUUUUUAAAACAACGAAAUUCCAAUAUGGUCUUGCAUGGAGGACUUUCUAGCUAUGGUUUAAGUUUAAUGAUUAUUAGUCAUUUACAGAUGCAUACAAGCAAUUCAAGCAUUGAAGAGAGAGAUGUCACAUCACUAGGCACAUUGUUAAUAGACUUCUUUGCUCUUUAUGGCCGAUACUUCAACUAUUACUUUACAGCGAUAAGUCCAAAUGGAGAGGGAAAAUACUUGCCCUACAUUAUGAAAAUUCGCAGUGGCUAUUCGUCCAGUCUCAAAUUUUCGCCGAAUAUCAUCGAUCCAACAAAUGUUCAUAAUAACGUUUCUAAAGGUACUAGCGGUCUGCUUUCAAUUAGAAAUUCAUUUAGCAACGCAUUUGACGCUUUAAUGUCACCAACUAAUAUCAACAAAGAAUCAUUACUCUCAACUAUUUUGCGAGUCAGCCCAGAUUUGUGCUGGAGAAGAAUUUACAUUCAUCAGGACCGAUCUUUUAUCAACACGUGCAAGCAGUUUGCCACUUAUUUUGCGCAAUAUUUUGGAGAUGAAGAAGAGAAGAAGAACAAAAAGAAGCGAUCGUUUAAUAAUGGAGGAUUUAACCAGAAGAAGAAAAAGAAGUUUUAG